GUAUCCUCUGAUGAUGUCAAUCGCCCAUCGCCCAUCAGAUGCCACACUGCUUGCGUAUCUUCCAAUGCUUCAACACCGGCCACGUGACAAGGGCUGGGGUCCGCACUCCACCGCGUUUAGAAAACGGAAAACUGUGAUAUUGCAUAAAGCGUUGUCAACAGUAUUGCAGUCCGUAAAGGAGGCAUCCCUUGACGGCAUGAUGGUAACAACGGAGCGGUUCGGUGAGAUAACAGUGCACCCUUUCGUCAUGAACUAUAUACAGGACUAUCCUGAAAGGUUUGCCCUUGCAACUGUGAAAUUCGGUGUUUGUCCAACAUGCACAGUGUCCAAAGACGAUUUGGAUGUCAUCGCCGAUUUCACCAACUGCAGGAGAUCGCAGACGCUAGAGACGCAACUUGCCGCGGACUGCUUCAACAGUGGGGACAACGACAUCCGUCGUGCUGCUAAGGCACGAAUGUCAGAAUUGGACAUGCAUAAGCAUGUUCAAGAGAACGACUUAUGGGGAUUCUACAGGGGUCCGCAUGGUGACGAUCCGAAACUAGAUUACCAUCUCGCUUUGCAACCAGACCGAGGCAAUCGGUCCACGGGUAUGGCUGCAGAGGCUGGAAAGAGACCCAAGAGGGUGGACGAGGAACACUUGUUCCCGUUCACGUGGAAAUCAAGAAGACACACCAUAUCGAUAACAAAACGGGACGUAUUGCGAUUGGGUGCCAAGCAGUGGCUGAACGAUAACGUGAUCGAUAUGUACUUACAGUCCGUCUAUGACGAACAUUUUCCAGACGGAGACAAUAUGACACUUCAUGUUUGCACAUCUUUCUGGCACCCCGCAGUCAUCGCCAAUCAGAAGGUUUAUGUCGCGAAAGCGGGAUGGCAGGGGCGGAUCAAGAGUACAUCGCCAAAGCUGCGUUGAAUAAGCAAUGAACUGCGAACAACAAG